GGGCUGCAGUUCGCGGAAGGAGGAGUGAUUUGUAUUGAAGGAGCGCAUCUGCAUUGGUCGAGUAUAAAACUGCACGAAACUUUUGACGUGUUUUAAAGAUGCACAAGAUGUUAAAUAUUGUUCUGAGGUAGCAGUGUGAAUGAAUGUUGUCUACUGAAUGUAGUAUUUUGCAGCUUUGUGUCGAGCGCCAACGGUUUCUCGUAAAUGGCGCCAAAACUGAUGUUAUUUUCUGUGAGUACAGCAUUAAAUCCACACAUAAGAAAAACAUGAAAAUGUCUAUCAGUGAUGUAUUAAAAAAUAAUACACGUGAUGAAGUCUGGUUUCCAAACAAGCAGGAGAAACUCCAGGUUUGACAGUCGAGAUAGACUGCGGUGAAGAUGGAGUUUGUUAAAGAGGAGAGUGAUGCAGAAACAUGUGGAGAGAAAGAGGAAGAAACUGAUGAACAGAGAGAUCUGGUGGAAGUGAAAGAGGAAAGUGAAGAACUGAAUGAAGGGGAGGAGAAACGGCAGAAUCAGGAACCUCAGUGUUUCAUAAGUGGAGAGAAAUCUCUUAGUUUGUCUCAGAGUGAAAGUAAUUCCUCGCCAGAGACAACAGAGCCCAAUAAUUCUUUCAUGUGUCCUCAGUGUGGAAAGAGCUUUACUUGUAAAAGAGAUCUUAAGAGGCACAUAAGGAUUCACACCGGAGAGAAACCGUUCCUUUGCUCUCAGUGCGAAAAGAGUUUCGCAAAUUCAGGAGAUCUGAAGAGACACUUAAGAAUUCACUCCGGAGAGAAGCCUUUCUCCUGUCCUCAGUGCACAAAGAGCUUCACGCAGAAGGAAGGACUGAAGGAACACAUGAAAAUACACUCUGGAGAGAAACCUUUCACAUGCAUGUUGUGCGGGAAGAGUUUCACACAUCAAAACAGCUUAAAAAGACACAUGAAGGUCCAUUCAGGAGAGAAGUUACACCAGUGUCCUGAAUGCGGCAGGAGGUUUUCAGAGGCCUGCAAUCUCAAAACUCACCUGCUCUCUCACACCGGAGAAAGACCCUUUCACUGUCAGCGCUGCGAAAAGAAGUUUUUCCUGGCCGUGCACCUCAAAACACACAUGAGGAUCCACGAGGACGAGCGGCGAUACGUGUGUUCAUUCUGCGGGAAGAGCUUUCUGUGGCUUAAUGGGUUUAAAGACCAUCAGAAAAUACAUACUGGGGAGAAACCCUACGAGUGUCUGGACUGUGGAAGUACUUUCACUAGAGCCGGUGAACUGAAAGUGCAUGAACGGGUCCACACUGGAGAGAAACCAUACAAGUGUUCCCACUGUGAGAAGAGCUUCACAGUUUCAGGAGCCCUUAAAGUGCAUGAGAGGGUUCACACCGGAGAGAAACCGUACCUCUGUCCUUCCUGCGGGAAGACGUUCAGCCGAUAUGGAAAUCUAGGGAAGCAUUUAAAAAAGGCUUGUCCAAAGCUGAGACAGUGAGGAGGUUCAGCUCCAGGUGUAGCUCAUCCGUGUGAAUUAAACACUGAUGGGAGAGUUUGAACAUACAGCAUAUGUUUGCUAUGACUUGCCAAUCAACUAACAUUAUCAUUAUAAAAGUAUUGAAAAAACCUAAUACAUUUACAUGCACAAACCUGAGAAUCGGAAUAUCAACUAUUUUACAAUCUAGGAAUACUUCACCUUAAAAAAUAUAUAUAUAUAUAUAUAUAUUGUCAGAAUGAGAGUGCAAGCGUCUGAUAAAAACAUCACAAAAAUCCACAGCACUCCAGUCCAUCAGUGAACAUCUGGAGAAGACAAAAGAUGAAAAACAUCCAGCAUUAAGACAUUUUUAACUAAAAUGAGUCAAUAAUCCAUAAUAACACUUCAUCCAGUGAAAAAGUGCAUUUCCUGUUGUCUCUCACAUCAAAAUCCAGCAGUAUUUUUGUUUGUUUGUAGCUGUUUUAGCUAAUAAUAAUUUUGCACUGACUACCAAUAGCUGCUCGCGUAAAUUUCAAGGUAUUAAUGUUUGCCAGCAGACCAACCACUGGCUCUGCAACCAUAUACAGGCCUCCAGACAAACAAAUCAAC